ACCAUGCCUCCCUCCCUCCUCAAAACCCUCCGGACCGCUCUCCAAACCCAUCACCGCUUCCUCGCCGGCGCGCUCUCCCACUCCGAACCCCCCAUCUACGUCAUCGGCAACCCCUCCGCAGAUCUCGACUCCAUUAUCUCCGCCGUCGUCUACGCAUAUUUCGGCAACCUCACCGCAAGACACCACAUUCCGCUGAUCAACCUGCCAAAUGUGUCCUCCGGCCCGGAACUGUACAGGCUCCGCCCGGAAUUCGUCAAGGCUCUUCACUUAUCGACACACCCAGCCCUAGAAGGCGAGCAAUCAUGGGACGAGACGCCCGAGUCGGCUGGCGCGCUCCUCCGUGACCAUUUUCUGACUGUGGCUGAUUUCGCGGCGCAGUUGAAGAGUAGUCCAGGAAACACCAGUGGACGUCUCCAAGCGGAUGCAGUCCUUGUGGACUGGAAUGCACUGCCCAUCGCAUCACCGUCUGCCACGCAGCAGCAAAAUCAACAGCCCAAAGGCUGCAUACCCGGUCUGGAAAAAGCCGUCGACUUCACUGUCCUAGGUUGCGUAGACCACCACGUCGACGAGGGGUUUCUGCCCCGUGGUCCUCAGACCAAACCGCUAGAAAUCCACACGGCAGGAUCAUGCGCAUCGCUAGUGACGCACACCCUCCAAUCCCUCAACCUCUGGCAUGCCAACCCACCAUCAACCGAUCCCCAAACCCAGCAGCAACAACAGCAAGAACAACUCGCCCAACUCGCCCUCUCAGCUAUCCUAAUAGAUACCACAAAUCUAACCUCCAAAGACAAAGUCACCUCAUGGGAUACGCAGGCAGCCGAAUGCCUCACCCGCCAACUUUCCGCCAACAACAACAACACCACCACCAAUCUAUACAACCAAGUCCACCAAACAAAACAAAACAGCCUCGAUCUCCUAACUGUCAACGAGAUCCUCGACCGCGACUACAAGCAAUGGACUGAGACGCCCUCCUCCAACCCCAACCCCCACUCCAAGCCGGUCGAAAUCGGCUUCUGCUCAAUGGUCAAGUCCCUCCCGUGGAUUGUCCGCAAGGCAGGGAAUGCGAAGGUCUUCAUAGAUGCAGUGGAGGCUUUCGCGCGGGCUCGUAAUCUGGGUAUUUUGAUUAUUAUGACUGCUUUUAGCUCGCCCGUGAAGGGGGGAGAGUUUACGAGGGAGUUAUUUGUUGUCGCGUUGGAUGGGGAUCGUCAUGAUAACAAUGAUAAUGAUGAUAGUGAUGAUGUGGCAACCACAGCACUAAAGCACUUCGUUGACCAAGCGGAGGAGAAACUGAGUCUACAGCAAUGGACAGCACUCGACGUGGUCGAUCGCGCGGACCAAGAAGAGGAGAUUGCGCGGUCGUUGGUGGGCGAUGACAGUGGGCAGUAUCGACGGGUGUGGGUGCAGGCGGAUUUGAGCAAGAGUCGGAAGCAGGUUGCGCCGUUGGUGCGGGAGGCUGUUACUUCUUUGUGAGCUCUCUCACUUUAUGUAUAGAGAUUUAUAUAAAUAUACGAGGGGGAGUAAAACGAGGUA